GAGAACGUCAUCGAACAGGGACAUGAACGCGGAAGUAGCCAGCCGAAUGAGUGACGGACAAUGAAUAGCUGAGACUGAACAUUUUUGACUGGUUGACAAGGGCAGGAUGGGCAGGCAGCGAAAGAGGGUGGUGACCGGAGAUGCCGCCCCCCCUCUUCUAAGAAAAGAUGAGAAGCCCCCUGCGUUUCACCGCAAGGAGAAGAAGAAGAAAAUGGACAUCGGCAAACUCUUCAUUAACAUCUCCAUCGGCCUCUGCGUGGUCAGCCUCAUCUGGUUCUUCUAUGCCCUUUACAUGCGCUCCAGUCUGGCCAAGCGCGUGGUGACGUUGCACCCGUCACCUCGCGUCCUGGAUGCCAAUUCCAGCAGUGCCCAGGUCUCUCCGGACAGGUUUUGGGGUUCUUACAGGCCUCAGGUCUACUUCGGCAUGAAAACAAGGAGUCCAAGGUCGAUUGUGACAGGUAUGAUGUGGAUGAGUCAGUUUUCCGACAUGGACAUGAACCUGAGGCACACCUGCGAGCAGGGAGAUCGCUUGCAAGGUUACGGCUGGCUGAUGCAUGACGGGCUCACCUUUGGCGUCCAGGAGAUCCGAGACAACGAUUUCACACUGACCACCGAGUUUGUCAAGCGGGUGGGAGGUGAUCACGGUGGAGACUGGACCUGGAGGGUCACCGCUAAGCAACACAGCUCUGCCUCCAAGGCUCCAGUCAUCUCCCUGAUGUUCUACGCUGCGGCAGAUACCCAAGGCUCACUGGAGGCUCACGUGGAGGAGAAAAAACGCCUCGCCUCCAUCACGGGUGUCUCCGAAGAGCUUGGCAAUUUCAAGAUCACAUUCCGAAAACCAGUUACUGGGGAUUUGACGAGUCCAAAAUAUGCCAGUUACAACUACCUUCAGACUCGUGCUCCCGGCUUGGAGAAGCUGACUGACAUUGUGAAGCACAGUCUGAACCACAGGUUUGUCUUCAGCCCGCCAUCCGGGGAGAGGAGGCAUUACAUCGCCGUGGAUGCCUACAAACCCCCGUAUCACCCGAACCAACAGAAGAACCCCCCCGAUGCUAGGAAAGAGGGCGACUUUGUAGUGCACCAGGUCACCGUUCAGACACCGUUUCAAAUGGAAGUGCUCUUCGAGUCGGCGAGCUUUCGCGGCCGCCACGACCAGCUGGUGGGCCCCGUGAUGACUCAGGAGCUGGAAAAGAGGAAGGCAGAGUUCGAUGCCAAGUUUGAGAAGACCUUUGAGCUGGAGCGAAAAGGUCACAGCCGGGCGUACGUCAAGUUUGGCAAGGCGGCGCUCAGCAACAUGUUGGGCGGAAUGGGCUACUUCUACGGCCAGUCGGUGGUUCAGUCCGUCUACAACGAAUACCCGCUCCUGUACCCCGAGGGCGCGUUAUUUACCGCCGUCCCGUCGCGCUCUUUCUUCCCCCGAGGUUUUCUUUGGGAUGAGGGCUUCCACCAGCUGCUGCUGAGUAAGUGGGACCCCCAGGUGACGAGAGAAGCCGUCUCCCACUGGAUAGACCUGAUGAACGUCGAGGGCUGGAUCCCUCGUGAGCAGAUCCUCGGAGACGAGGCUCACAGUAAGGUCCCUGCCGAGUUUGUAGUUCAGCGAAAUGAGAACGCAAACCCGCCUACGCUCUUUUUAGCUCUCCAGGGGCUAAUUGAGCAGUUGUCAUUAAAUCCAGACAGCGUGGAGUCACUUCCCACUCUGCCUUUCCUAAGACGACUGUACCCCAGACUCAAGACCUGGUUUGAGUGGUACAACACCACUCAGUCGGGGCCGGUGCCCAACUCGUACCGCUGGCGUGGGCGUGACAAGGACUCCAAUCUGUUCCUCAAUCCCAAAACCUUGACCUCGGGUCUGGAUGAUUACCCGCGAGCCUCGCACCCGUCGGCGCAAGAGCGCCACGUGGACCUCCACUGUUGGAUGGCCCUGUCCUCGGGUAUCAUGGCUCGGAUCGCUCAGCUUUUAGGCCAACCUCACGGGGACUACGAAUUCACCCACCGAGUGCUGACAGACAAUAACCUCCUGAACGAGCUCCACUGGUCCGAGCAACUCCGCGCCUACAGCGACUACGGCAACCACACUCAGGACGUAUCCUUGCAACAGGAGAAGGUGUACAUGCCCCCCGGACAACACCGCCACCAGUUCCCCGUCACGCGACUCGUUCGCUCUGUUCGCAAGGCUCCCAAACUGCAAUAUGUCAACGCUCUGGGUUACGUCAGCCUGUUCCCCUUCCUACUGCACGUUCUUCAGCCGGACUCGCCCAAAUUGGAGCACGUUCUCAGAGACAUGAAAGAUCCCAACAAGCUGUGGACACCUUACGGCCUGCGCUCUCUGUCCAAAGCCGAUCCGUUGUACAUGAAGCGAAACACGGAACACGACGCUCCCUAUUGGAGAGGACCGGUGUGGAUCAAUAUCAACUACCUGGCGGUGAGAGCCCUCCACCACUAUAGUAACACGCAGGGACCAUAUCAGGAGCAGACGGCCGCGCUGUACGAGGAACUCAGGACUAAUAUUAUCAGUAAUGUAUACAGACAGUACGCUGAAACGGGUUACGUGUGGGAACAGUACAAUGACGCCACCGGUAGAGGCCAAGGAAGCCACCCUUUCACUGGCUGGUCGGCCCUAACUUUAUUAAUGAUGGCUGAACAGUAUUAAUAUCAUCUCCUCAGAAAAUGACGGCGGUCCAAACUUGACAUUGAGAGGGCAAAAAAAAAGAUUUUUAAAAAUCAGCCUUCAAUUAAUGUGAUGUAAAAGUAAUCGUGUUUUGUAUGAGUAACCUGUGUUUUGACGUUUUGACUGGCGGGAAUCAGAAUCGACUUUGGCGUUGAUCAUGUCAUGUUUGCAAACAAUAAAUGUUUUUGACAAUA